AUGGUCGCCAAGAAUCCCCUCACAAACUGGGAUCCCAAGUUUGGUAGAUUUCACAGCAUUUGGUCUACCCAGGCUGGUACGGAAUGGGCCAGUAAGUAUGGAGUUCUACCAGAGAUUAUGGACCCGACACAACUCUUUUUUCCUUAUAAGAAGUCGGCUUUGACACCAAACGCACUUGAUAACCAGCAAUUGAAGGCUGAAAGGAAGAAUCAUCAGAAGUGGAUUUUGUCUGGAUAUUGGCCCGAACUCUUGGAAGAAAUCGGAGCAUAUCCUUAUCCUUUAAACUAUUUACCAACUCUUACCAACCCUAUCGAUCCACUUUUUGAGAUAAAUCAAUGGCAGCCUCGUCACACGCUAGAGACAUGGCCAGUGAUUCAGAUGGAGUUUCCACCGCACAAACCAUUCUUCCCUGUAGAGCCAGACAAUAUUGGGCUUGAUGGAUUUUAUUUUGGAGAUCGUACGGAUGUUCCUGAACGUCUCGAUCGUCGUCCUGCAUGGCAGAAACUAGAACAGGGACCUUUGAAGUUCUUCCACAAACGGGAUCCUCAGCUUCGAAGUAAUGCUCAAAGAGCGGAAAAAACGGAAGAGUUGAAGAUUAUAAUGCGGGAGAGAGUUCAAUUUGGCAUUGGGCCUAUCGUAUCAAAAUAUUACGAGUUCAUACAUAGUGACGACUUUUGGGAUAGAAUGGCUACAAACUUUGGCGUGUCUAUAAUAGCACCUACACCAGCUCCAAUUGUCGUUAUCGAACCAGACCCCUCACGUCCGGAGUUAUCAAUACAGAGAGACAAUGAGGUCAAUAAGUUAAGAAGAGUGCAAUACCUUCAUCAGCGGGAUAACACAGAAAGAAGCGUUAAUGAGUGUAACAAUGCGCUUGAGCGUUACUUUACACAAAGCCCCGGAGAACUUUCAGAUUCUGAGAUACUUCGAUUGCUUCGUUGCUUUGCUGAUAAUCUAAAGCGUGAGGCCGACCAAGAGACACAAUGCGCUAUUGACUUCAUGGCAGAAGCCGACUUGAAAACCCCAAGCAAUGUUGACUUUGGGCAGAGAUUGUUAAAUACAAACCGGGUGGCGAGAAAAAUGGUCACAAAAGCAAGUGCAGACUGUGAUCGAGUUGGUGUAGCUACGCUUGGAACGGACUUUCAUGAGAUACGUGCGAAAUUCGACAAAACCUUGUACAUAUUGCGAGCUAUCAAUUUCAUUCUCGCCCAACAAGUGAAGCCAGAUAAAAACGAAACCUACGAAGAGGUGAUUGAUCGAGUUGGAAAUGCUAUGGACUAUGAAGGACUUGAACGUUUGCAAUCAAGUGAUGCACAGAAUGAAAUAUUACAGGCAGCUUCACAAGAAACAAUAUUGGCCCAAGCUAUGAACGCAUACCAGAAGCAUGACUAUGAUGAAUGCCAUCGACUUGGGAGAGUAUUGCUAUCUCAAUUUGAUCUGGAAGGAUAUGCUCAAGGAAUAGGAAUGGUUCUGAUAGCUAUGCAUCCUGGAGAGAUCAGACGCAGGUGGUGUUCCCGGCAAGGGCUCUACGUUCUCAAUAUCAUGGCUCGAACAAACGCCACGCCUUUCCUAGAACUAUGGGUAGAAGUUGCAACGCAAGUCCAUGAUUCCAUUGAGGAUCUAGCUGUGAAUGCUGGUAUUGGGGAUGCUCUAUGUGUAUUGGGAAUUGAUUGA